GAGUACUUCAGAGGCAGCAAAGUAGAGACAUUUAUUUCCUCUCUCCAUAGCUUUUGCGAAACACUACAGCAGCAAAGCAAAAAACCAUGAGGAAGGAGAUCAUCAUCCGGAUGUAUGUGAGCUCCGAGAAAUGCCAAGCCAAAGCCAUGAAAGUAGCAGCUACUGCUAGCGGGGUAGAGUCGGUGACGCUGGCGGGCGGCGACAAGAGCCUGUUGCUGGUGAUCGGCGACGACGUCGACUCCAACAAGCUGACCAAGAAGCUCAUCAAGAAGGUGGGCUCCGCGGAGAUCGUGGAGCUCAGGACGCUCGACACGUUCGAUAUGUCGUCCAUCUCGCACCACGCGGUGGCGACCAAGGGGGGUGCAUCGCCGUACCACGGCCCGCAGCAGUACCACCAGUACCAGUACGCGGCGGCGCCGAUGAGUCCCUACGCCUACCACCACCACCCGUCGCCGAUGAUGGCCGUGCAGGGUGGCUACGGCAACUACGGCAGCAGCUACGCGCGCGCGGUGGCGCACAGCCACCCGGGCAACUAUUCGCCGCUGGUCGAGAGGCACGACUACUACCCCAUGGACAAGUCCGCCUCCCGCCAAACUGCCGCCGGCGGCCCCGGGGCCGGCGUCACCACCUACAGGUCGGUGCCACGCCGCGACAGCGACUCCGGUUCCGGUGGCUGCUGCAUACAAUAG